GAAUUAAUCAUACAAUGUUCUUUAUGCUAGACUAUACCCAAGAUUCAUACUAUUCUUUUGCUGAAUUUGUUAUAUUUAAGUUUUUGAUUUGAUUGUUAAGCCUAGUCUUUUUGGUUCUUGGUAUAAAGAUGUGAAUUGAAUUCUUUUGGUUUGAAUUCUGGUUGUUUCUUGCUAGUGAUAAUCUAGGGUUCAUCUUUUCAACUCAAUAUUCUUUCUUUUUUUUUUGCUAAUUCAAAGUUUUCGUGUUUAUAAUAUAUGGUUCAAUACAGUCUUUUGAUGCUUCCACAGUUCCACUCGAUGAAAAAUGCUUCAAUAUUAGGCUACAUAUGCAAGUGAAAAUUAGGUAUUAGGUUUUUUUUUAACAAGCUUGUACCUGUGAACUUUUAUUUCUUGGUAGUGAUAAUCUAGGGUUCAUCUUUUCGAAUCUCUUUUUUUUUUUUUUUUUUUGUGAAUUCAAAGAUUUCAUGUUUAUAAUAUAUGGUUCAUUACAGUCUUUUGAUGCUUCCACUUGUUGAACUUUUUCUUCAAUUUUAGGCUACAUGUGCAAGUGAAAAUUAGGUAUUGGGUUUUUUUUGUAACAAGUUUGUAGCUGUGAUCUUUUAUUGGCCAAUUCUUUUGCCCUGGAGACCGAGAUCUUCUGGUGGUCAGCUCAGGUCUCACCGUGCUUUCGUUAUAGGAACGAUUUUCUUCGCAAUGAUUAGUGAUUACUUCUUAUGCAUAUAUUAAUAUUAAUAACGCAGAUGUACCUUCCUGCUUGCUGUCCUUGGUGAAACUUGGUGCAUGCCAUGAUUUACCUGCUGAGAAAUUAAUUUCUGUGUCUUUUGAAUUGAAGUCAAGUUUGUACCUGUAAUCAUUGAAAAUGGCGGACCUUGAGAAAUUACUACUUGAGGCAGCUGGAAGAACAGGCGGAUCUGGGAGGAAGAGGCAUUCACCGCCAUCACCCCGAAGACGACGCGGGGGUUCAUACUCGGACAAUGGAAGUGACUCAAGGGAAGAUGACUCGGAUGAUGACCGUGGGUAUGGAAGCAGGAAGCGUACUUCAUCACAGGUUCCUUUGAAAAAAAGGUUGGAUCCCUUAGAAAGAGAAGAGCAUAGCAGCCAAGAAGAAGGUAAUGAUGGUUAUGGUCGGGAAGGUGAUAGCGAUGAUGACUCUAUCGGAAGUGAUCUUUACAAGGAUGACGAUGACAGACAAAAGCUGGCACAAAUGACAGAACUUGAAAGAGAGAUGAUAUUGUCAGAGAGAUCGACAAAGAUAACUGAUAAGAAGAUGCAGGAGAAGUUGAGAAAGCAGAAAGAGAAGAUGAACCAAUCCAGAAAAGACAGCCGUCCUCACCUGUCAUCUCGCACAAGUGUACGAUCUUCUGCCAGAUCUGCUGACAGGGCAACUGCCAAAGAUGAUGCCUUAAAUGAGUUAAGAGCAAAAAGAUUGAGGCAACAGGAUCCUGAUGCUCAUAGAAGACUUGGAGAUUCAAGUAGGGGAGGCUCUGGAAGUCGUAGGUAUUCUCCUGUUAAGCGGAGAUCUUUUGCUCCAGAAGCUGUCAGUAGCUCAAGCCAAAGUGGCAGUGGCUCCGGAAGUGAAGAUGAAGAGUCAACUGGUGAUGGUAGAAGAGGUGAUAGUGAUUAUGACAAGACUUCACCAGAGUCAACUAUUCCAACAUUUGAGGAUAUAAAGGCCAUAACUAUUAAAAGGUCAAAGUUGGCUAAAUGGCUAAUGGAGCCCUUUUUUGAUGACUUAAUUGUAGGCUGCUUUGUGAGGGUUGGAAUUGGGAAGUCGAGGACUGGACCAAUCUACAGGCUCUGUGUUGUCAGGAAUGUUGAUUCACAGGACCCAGACAAACCAUAUAAGCUGGAUAACAAAAUGACACACAAAUAUUUAAACUGUGUAUGGGGAAAUGAAAACUCUGCUGCUAGGUGGCAGAUGGCUAUGGUUUCAGACUCCCCUCCACUCGAGAAAGAAUUUGAGCAGUGGGUUAAGGAGGUGGAGCGUAGUGGUGGGCGGAUGCUUCACAAACAGGAUGUGCUAGACAAGAAAGAUGCAAUUGAAAAAACCAGCACAUUUGUCUACUCAGCUGCCACUGUGAAGCAGAUGCUCCAGGAGAAAAAGUCAGCCACGUGGAAGCCACUAAAUGUUGCAGCUGAGAAGGACCGUUUGAGAAGGGGACUGGAAGUGGCCUCGAGUACGAAUGAUGAGGCAGAAGUUGAGAGGAUUAAAGCAAGACUUUCAGAACUGGAGGCUUCCCAACAAACUCAAGGGAACGAUAAAAAGGCUAUCAAGUUGGCAGAAAUGAACAGAAAGAACAGGGUUGAUAAUUUUAAAAAUGCAUCUGGUCUGAAAUCAGCUGGUGGCUUAAAGGCUGGUGAUGCUGGUUAUGAUCCAUUUUCAAGGAGAUGGACGAGGUCGAGAAAUUACUAUGUUGCAAAGUCAGGUGGAGGAGAUGAGGCAGCAGUGGCAGGAAAUAGUGAUCAGGUUGCUGCUUUGGUAGGUCCUGGUAGCAGUGGAGCAGUAGGCGUGGUUACAACUGAAGCCGGUGCAGUAGCUACUGCUGCAGCAUUGGAAGCUGCAGCUGAUGCUGGGAAAUUGGUAGAUACAAGUGCUCCUGUGGAUCAGGGAACAGAAUCAAAUAUGUUGCACGACUUUGAACUACCAAUUUCAUUAACUAUGUUGCAUAAGUUUGGUGGCGCACAAGGAGCCCAAGCGGGAUUCAUGGCAAGGAAACAGAGGAUAGAAGCAACAAUAGGAUGUCAGGUCCCAGAGAAUGAUGGAAGGAGACAUGCUCUAACACUCACUGUUAGCGACUACAAGAGGCGUAGAGGACUGCUUUAAGAGAUGAUGCUAUACGAAGUCCUGGUAUUAUAACUUGCACAUUGUCUUGACACAAGGGAGGAUCUGUGAAAGCGAAAAUCGAUAUGGGUUGUGCUGUAGCUGAUAUCCGAGAUGCGUACAUCUUGAUGGACAAACAGCUGGAAUGUUAGCCUGAAUAAAGUAAUAUGAACCAAGUGGAGUACACUUUUGUAUUCAGUUGCAUUAAAACAUGUUAUGGAAAAAAAAUGAUGGAAGCAAUUGCCUUUUUCCCUUCGACUUGGCUCUUUACAGUUUAAUCUUGGCAAGCUGUCACUACAUUAUAUUUUCUAUGGAGAACAUGAGCUAUUUGCUGUAACUGUUAGGUUGACUAUGGAUGAACUUGAAUUGUCAGGGUCGGGUCCUACCCCCAGUAUCCAACUUGGCUAGUAAUCAAAGUGGCAUUCAUAUGUUUGUGUACUUUAUCCCUGGCUUUUCAGAAUAAUAACGAUCUUUUCUUUGUGUA